UUAAAAAGGAUUCGUGCAGACGAUGUUUUGAAGCGAGGAGAAUCAAAGCGACCCUUCGGCGGUUUCAAUCGGCGAAAAUAGGGAGGCCGCGAUCUUGCCUUCCUUGAGCCGUGGAGAUACUCAAGGCUUACACACCUUAUCGAAAUCUAAGAUGAAGUUCCUCGUCACUGGCGACAUGGGAUUCCUUGGUAAAAGAGUUAGGGACACCCUUGAAGCAAAGGGCCACACUGUUGCUGGAUUCGACUUGGCCCGAAAACAAAAUAUCUUAGACGCCGAUGAUAUUGCUGCCGCGAUAUCAGCAAGACAGUAUGACACGGUUAUCCAUCUGGCCGCAGUUGCCGACCUUAACUUCUUUCAGACAGAUGUAGCAACUUGUCAUAAAAUAAACGUACAGGGUACCCAGAACGUCCUUCAAAGCUGCGAGGACGCUGGAGUCCGGAUGAUUUUUGCAGGGACAUGCUGCUCAUACGGGAAUAAUGGCAGCCACCCGUCGACAGAGAAAUCAUCGUUGGCGCCGACCGAGCCGUACGCUGCUUCGAAAGUAGAAUGCGAAAAUCUGAUCAGAAAAGUUGGCGGUGACCACUGUAUUAUGCGUUUAGCUACAUUCUACGGUCCCGGCAUGAGGGCUGCGUUGUGCCCGGCAGUAUUCAUAGACCGGGCACAUCGGGGGCUACCGCUAAUGAUACACGGUGAUGGGCAGCAGACGCGCACAUUCACAUACGUCGAUGACGUUGUAUCCGGAAUUGAGACCAUCGCAACGUCUGCCCCGAUAUAUGAUGUCAUCAAUGUCACGUCAGAGGAGAGUAUAUCCGUUGUUCGAAUAGCCGAAUUAGCCAGGGAAAUCACGGGUAACUAUGUUCCCCUUGUACACGCCAAGGAUCGUGAAGGACAGAUUUAUAAAGAACAUAUUCUCAAUACCCGUUUGAGGUCGAUGGGUUGGGAACCGAAAAUUGAUAUUUCAACCGGGAUGAUAUUAAGUUAUGAAGAUUACAAGCUCCAAGGUGGAUGGGUGCAGCCCGCAGGGGUUAAUGGUAAGAUUGUGGCGAAAGCAAAUAAUAAUCUGAAAGGAUAUUAAUAGCUACUUCUAUGAUACUUUUAUAACAAUUAUAUGGUGAUUAUGCAAAAUAUGAUAUUCAGGCAAAAAAUGAUGCCGCCUGGUCGGGAUAUUUUGAGAAGUAUAUACCUUUAUGGAAUACAAUCCGAUCAGGACGUGGGAUGCCAAGGCUUUUGAUUUGCCAGUCUCACCCGUUAGGCUGACGAGAGCAAUCUAAAACCCCGGACAGGGCAUGGAUGGAGCCCAGUCGGUUCACUUGGUCAGGGAUUGGUGGCCGGUAUGAUCGAGAAGACUCGGCAAAGUUAGACAUAAAUUCAAAGACCCGUGUACAGUGCUUCAAGAAGGAACAUUCAUGUUGACAAAGGGACAUUUUGAGAUUUGACAAAACAGAAAUGCACGAAACACGACUAGGGCAGUCCUUGAUCGAUAAUAUUCCCCGUUCAAGACGGGAACCAGAUGAGCUAAUGGCUACCUGCCCUGUGGUUUUACCGGUGCAAGAGUUUGAAAUAUCCUAGGAUAGCAUGUCAUGGGAACGAAGGAGGUAUUUACGGUCACGGUCAUUCCUUUUGAACCAUACCAUAAUUUGUCAGAAUACAAGAGGGUCUGACAUGUUUUCAAGGGGAACUUUUCGACUGCUGCACGUCACCGGGAUUACUCGGGGCCUUUCUCGUCUACUCCUUACAAACUCAUAAGGCUAGAACCUCAUUGCCAUUGGUCAGUUUGGGAAUAAUGUCACUGCGUGGCGUGAAAAGUUGAUGGCUUCAUUAAACGACAAGAUUGAAGCUUUUCAUGAAUAACGUAUUGAAAGUUCUUUGUUCAAAAUCUUAUGGAUGAGCUACAUGUAGGCCUAAUAUACAAAAGUACAUCCUAAAAACGGGUUUUUUUUCGGUUCCGG